AAUUACCGCCUUCGCUUGAUGAACAAGGAAAAUGUUUUGAUUCCAACAAUUAAGAAAUAAGAGUUUAAACUUGUAUUUAUCACAUCAAAAACGAAGUGCUUCUAAAAAGAGUGUCUUGAGUAUUAUAAAAAGAGAGCAAGUUGUACAGUAACAUAAGAUAUAUCAAUGGCUGAUCAACAAUCAAACGAAAUCAUCAAUAUACUUCGUCAAGUAUUUUCUAGUCAAGAGGAGAAUAGAAUGACGAACAUGGAGAAUAGAAUGACGAACAUGAUGACAGUCUAUCAACAAGAAUUUUCAACAGUUGUCCAAAAUCAAGAAGAAAUGAAACUAAAUCUGGACACGACCCUCCAGGAAUUGGGUCGAAGAUUAUCCAUGUGGCAUGAUGUACAUCAAUUGAGGCUGAGUGUAGAAGACAUGCAAUCCUGGAGGAAAGAAACAACAGAAAGGUCUAACUUCCUCACCGGGAAGGUUAUGCUGAUCGUGUGUGGAGGACAUGAUGGAGACGCUUGGUUGAAUUCCGUCGAAUCGUUUGACUGGCAGAUAAAUGCCUGGAAACACGAAGCUAAAAUGACGACGAAGCGUUGUGGUGCUGCUGCGUUUGUCUGUGGUGGUGAUAUGUUUGUUGGUGGUGGAUCGACAGACGGCAGUCAGCUCUUGGAAACCGUAGAACGUUGUCGCUAUAAAGAAAGAUUAGAAUGGGUAGAAAUCAAUAUCAAGAAUCCGUUAAAAUGUGUAGGACAUGGUGUUGUUGUUUUUGGUCAAAAGAUCUUCAUGACAGGUGGAAAUUCCAGCUCAAACCCUCCCCAAGUGUCUAAUGAAAUGUAUAGCAUGUCAAUGAAAUCUCCAUUUACAAUUGAUAAAUUGAGGAACAUGCCAGAGUCGAAGCACGAUCAUGGCUCAGUUAUCAUUGAUGAUAAAGUCUUAGUUUUUGGUGGAAGAACAUCCAACGACAACAUCCAAGAUUCCGUUUAUGCAUAUAGCAUUGCAAGUGCUCAAUGGAGAACCUUAUCCUCACUUCCUUAUCCUGUGAGUGAAAUGGCUGUAGUAUCCUAUAAAGGUUAUGCAAUCUUGAUUGGAGGUGUCCUUGCGAACGGUGAAGUGCUAAAUAAAGUUUGGGCUUAUAACGCGAAUACAGGCGAAUUUCAGUGGCUUCCUUCACUUAAUCAUAGAAGAUAUGGAUGCUGCAGUCAUCGCUGGGAAUAUCAUUGUUGUGGUUGGUGGGCAAGACGAUGAUUCAUGUCUUGAUUCUGUUGAAUGUCUUGAUCUAAGCAAAAAUGCAUGGCAAGAACUGUCGCCAAUGAAGGUUAAACGAUAUUAUCCCACUGCUGCAUUACUACCACUAUUUGAAGACAGUCCAAGGCGUAGGAAUGAAAAUAAGAAGAAGACAUUUUAUCAUUUACCAGUAUUUAACAUUUCGUAUAAUCAGACAUUCGUAUUUACAAAACAAUGCACUUAACUUUCUCCAUCAAAAACUGUUUUAGGAGGAAACAUAUUUAUUGCUAUACUUACUCUGUGCAUGGUUUCUACAGUAUUUUGAACUUAAAGAAAUAUUGCAAACAGUGCAUUAGUUAUAAUUCUUGUACAAGAUAGCACACGAGAUUGCUUUAUGACUUUAGAUAGUUUUCGGAUAAUAUUGCACAAGUUAUACAUAUUGUAAUAAAGUAUUGAUCAUGUAUUAUAUAAAACCGGUCAUAUUAAAUAUUGUAUUAAUAAUUUUGCUGGCGUAGAUAAAAGGGAUUCAUGUGAAA